AUGGCCACGUGGGCCGCGGCGCGCGCGCUCGACGGGCCCCUGGCGGCGGGCGGCGCCGAGCUCUUCGAGGGGCGCCGAGUGCUCGAGCUGGGCUCGGGCUGCGGUCUCCUUGGCGUCGCGCUGGCCGGCGUGGCCCGCAGCGUGGUGCUCACCGACUUCGGCCCGGGCGCCGCCACGGCCCCGAGCGACCCCGGCCGGCUGAUCCCGCCGGGCUUGUUGCGGAGCUCGAGGGUCAAAAGUGUGAAGAGGGCUCACCAACGCCGAGGUGCGCCACCUCGACUGGCACGACUUCCUGGCGCGACCGGGCCGUCCCGCCGCUACGCCUGCCGAGCGGUUUGA